ACCACGCCCCCUCAGAUCAGCACAUAAAGCUGAGCAUCACAGUGAGUUUCAGUGCAUUCAGCAUCUGCUAAAAGAAGGAAGAAGAAAUGUCGUCUCUGAAAAAUUUCAGUCUUCUCAUCUCAUGUGUGCUCCUGUUCAUCAUCCAGCCAGGUCGUGGGUCUAGGAUUAUUAAUGGGAAAGAGGUCGAGCCACACUCACUGCCUUAUAUGGCCUAUCUUAGAACUGUGACAAAUUCUUGGUGUGGAGGGACAUUAAUCCAUCCACAGUGGGUGCUGACAGCUGCCCACUGCACUGGGAGUUAUUGGGUGAUCCUGGGAGCACACUCCAGAACGAAAAACGAAAGUUCCAAGCAUCAAAGAGUCGUUGAGAAAAGUUUUCCUCAUCCUGACUACUGUUGUGCAAAGAUAGACAAUGACCUCAUGUUGCUGAAGCUUAAAGAACCGGUGAGGAAAACCAGGGCAGUGCAGUGGCUCGAGUUUGGCGACACUGUGAGAGACCCGGCAGCUGGCAGCACGUGUCUGGUGGCUGGAUGGGGAGCAACUGAAAACAACCAAUCAUCAGACGUCCUCAUGUCUGUCAAUGUGACUGUGGUGGAUAGACAGACGUGCAACUCUCGUGAUUAUUACAACCACAGACCUGAGAUCACCAAACACAUGAUAUGUGCUGGUUCAAAUGGUACAAACGUCGCUGAUACCUGUCAAGGGGAUUCAGGAGGGCCGCUGUUGUGCGAUGGAGCGCUGGUUGGAGUCACUUCUUAUGGAGCAGGUUGUGGUGUCAUUACAAAACCUGGAAUCUACUCAUUUAUCUCAGAAAAACAGCUGUACUGGAUCAAAACUACGAUGAAGUUAUCUUCCACAGCAGGAAAAAUGUUCUGCCUGAGGAAUUUCACUGUUGUCAUCUCAUGUGUGCUCCUCUUCAUCAUCCAGCCUGGUCGUGGUUCUGAGAUUAUUCAAGGGAAAGAGGUCAGGCCACACUCGAUGCCUUUCAUGGCUUAUGUGACAAAUCGAAACUCUUUCUGUGGAGGGACAUUAAUCCAUCCACAGUGGGUCCUGACAGCUGCCCACUGCAGUCGUAUGAAUACGGUGACUGUGGGAGCACACUCCAUCAAGAAAAAGGAGAAAAAUUCAAAGCAAAUCCGAAAGGUUGUAAAACAUGUUCCUCAUCCCAAGUUUGUCAGUGCUGCUCGGGGCAACGACCUCAUGUUGCUUAAGCUUAACAAACGAGUGAAGAGAACCAGGGCAGUGAAAUGGCUCCGGUUUAGAAGAACUGCGAGAGACCCGGCAGCUGGCAGCAAGUGUGUGGUGGCUGGAUGGGGAGUAACCGAAAACAACCGAACAUCAGACGUCCUCAAGGCUGUUACUGUGACUGUGGUCAGCAGAAAGAAGUGCAACUCUCGCAGCUAUUACAACCGCAACCCUGUUAUCACCAGAGGCAUGAUAUGUGCUGGUUCAAAUGGUAGAAAAAGGGCUGAUACCUGUCAAGGGGAUUCAGGAGGGCCGCUGUUGUGUAAAGGAGCGCUGGUUGGAGUCACUUCUUUUGGACGGGGUUGUGGUAUCAUUAGAAAACCUGGAGUCUACUCGUUCGUCUCAAGGAAACAACUCAACUGGAUCAGAAAAACGAUGAAAUCAAAUUAAAUGUCCUGAGUACCCAGGGCUUAGUCCAGAUGAGCUAUGCAAGAUGAGAAUCUUUAAUACUUUUAUGUUAAAUCUGCUUGUGCUGUCAUUUUAUCAUUUAAUUGUUUCUCUCAUAUUUUAUGAUGUUUUAGUUUCCACUAGCUAUGACAGCUUGCCUCUCAUGGUUACGCCUUUCCUCUCCAGGAACUUAAAAUGAGAACAAUGUUGCAAUAUUGAUAAGAUGGUAACACUUUAUAAUAUGACGUAAGUAAUUUAUUUAUAUAGCACUUUCACAGAUAAAAAUCACAGAGUGCUUCACAGUAAAACCAGAAAUAAAAGAAUAAUAUGGAAGAACGUAAAAAAGACCCGCGAAUAAGGCAUAAGUAUACUGUAAUUACAUGUAAUUUGCAGGCAACAAGUCAGCUUUUUGCAAGAAACAAUGAAUUACACCAUAAGACCCGUGACUAAGGUGCAAGUACUUUAAAACUACUUGCAAUUUACAGGCAAAAAUAGUAAGUGUAGCCGGUCUGGCCUGACACUGUUCUCUGCAAUUUGGUGUGCGAAUGAUGAGAGGAGGCAACUCUCGCUUUGCCAGCUGAGGCAGGUUUAUUCUCCCAAAACUGUUCAAAAUAAAAACAAAUUUAGUACAGCAACUUCA